GUCACCGCCCCUGCCAGGCGAAGGGGUAGGCCUGGGGAGCAUCAAGAAGGGGCAGAAUGCCAGCACUCCCCUGCAGGGCGAGGGGUUAGGUGCAGCUGAGUUCGAGAACUCGAUGGGGCUGCUGCACGGCGCGAUCGCGGACCUGCUGGUCAACGCGGUCGCCUCCGAGCC